CCACAGAAAUAUGUGGAACAUGUUAUGUGAUCCAUUCCUAGGAAAAGUCUGGCAGGCUUCUUCAUGUUAGAUCAUCCCAACAAUACCUGUGCUUCUGACACUCAUGUUGUGACGUCUUCUCCGUAUCUCUGUCUUCAGCCAAAGAAGUGAAGGGAAAGCAAGUGUGCUACAAAUACAGCUCCACGGCAGACUCGGUUUCCCAGUGUCCAAAAACCGUGGAUGUCUUCUGUCACUUUACCAACGCCGCCAACAGUUCAGUUCGCAGCUCUUCUAUGAAGCUCUCUCUGGUUCCCGGGUACAACAUCACGUGCCGGGACCCCGCCAUCGGGGUUGGGGAGCCCGGGAAGGUCAUCCAGAAGCUGUGCCAGUUCUCAGACAUCUCCCGGAGCCCUGACAGCACCGUGGGUGGGACCAUCACCUACAAAUGCGUGGGUUCCCAGUGGCAGGUGGAGCGGGAGGGCUGUAUCUCCGCCCCCAUCAAUGGCCUGCUCCAGCUGGCAGAGGUGAGCCUG